UCACUGACAAGCCCCACCCCUCUACUUGGGGAGUGGGCGGGGUCUGUAGUCUGGAAAGAAAACCUACACAGUGUUGUCUCUCUGAGGCUGAACACAACUUACAUAACCCCUUUCUUUUCUGGAGGGCUUUUACUUUGAAACGCUGAAGUCAGAGCGGGUGUGAGCAGACAGGUGAGAGUGACUGUGGAUGUGGAUGAUGUGGAUGAUGUGGAUGAUGUGGAUAUGGACAUAACAGUGACACAGGGGCCUGAUGAUCAGGUGUGACCUUUGACCCUUAAAGCUUAGAGUCACCUGCUCAUCUAACUAAGCUCAGUGCUAUCACCACAGCAAUGACCUCCUCCGUGCUUGGCCGAGGUCUUGGCCUGGUCCUGGUGGAGUUUCAGUAUGAGUAUCCAGGUCGGGACGGGGAUAUGAUCUCCAUCAAGCCCAAUGAGCGCUACGUCCUGCUGGCUAAGACCAACGACCACUGGUGGCAGGUCCGGAGGGACGGCAACUCCAAGCCCUUUUACAUCCCCGCAAAGUAUGUCAAGGAGCUGCCAGCAGACUUCCCAUCGCCUCUGGACUUUGGUGCUCCUCCCGGUCCUGAACCAGUAUUACUUCCUGUGACGGCACCUGUCCCAGUCCCUGUCCCUGUUCCAAAGACUCCUGAGGACCCCAGUGGGCCCAAAACCAAACCGGGUGAUGAGGUAACCAUCCGUCUCCGACCGGAUGUUUCCACUGGAUACCGUAAGACUGAGAACCGCAUGUCCACAUUUGGUGUCCCACUAGACUUCCAAGAUGUGUCCCCUCUAGUAGCGCCGAUACCACGUCAUCCAAGCGAACCUCCUCCUGUUCCUGAAGAGACUAUGACCACCAGUGGGAUGACAAUCAUGGCCGAGGACCCUUUGAGCAAACAACAUCAUUCAGGAUCAUUGGAGGAUCACAGGGACUCAGAGAAACAUCGUGUUCCAAGUUUCAGUCCAGCAGACCCCAUCUCCACAUCCCGACCACACACACAACCCAUUCCUGUGGAGACACCGGUGGUCCCUAUGCUCCCCCCACACAAUGACCUCCAUAGCAGGUCUUCACCUCCCGCAGGUGAUCAUGACAACCAGGAUUCCCCAAUAGAGCUUGAAGAGGAGGAGGAGGAGGUGGCAGAGGAAGAGAUUAGCGUUGAGGAGAGCACCGGUGAGGAAGAUUCACUGAAGGGGGAGGAUUCACAUCACAUCUAUGAGUCCAUCCAGGACCUGAACCUGGACAUUGAGGCUCUUGUUGGAGGGAGAGUGAGUCCUGGAGCACCGCCUGAUCAUGCACCUGCACCAGUACCUACCCUGCCUCUAAAACAGGAUCACAGCUCACCAGACCCAAACUUGCCCAUCUACGCUAACGUAUCAUCCACAAAGAAAACGUCUACUCCUCAGAUCUCCAUCUCUGCCCCCGCCCUCCCUUCAUCACCUCCUCCUGAUCAUGCCCCUGAUAUUCCAGAGCACACCCCCUUAUCCUCUGCUUCCUCCUCUACUGGGCUGAUAAGCCCCACCUCACCCAAAAGCCCACUGGAUGGAUGGCAGAUGCAUACUGACCAGGACAGUGGAAAGGCGUUUUACUUCCACCCCUUAACCAGACAAACCACCUGGUCCGAGCCCCUCGGCCCCCUGUCCCCACCUGCCAGAGACAUGGACCAGUCCAAGAGGAGUGAGGGGGUUUUUUUUGGAUGGGAGCAGCUGUUGGAUGAAAAAUCAGGGAGAUAUUAUUACUACAACCCCACCUCGGGAGCCACGUCGUGGACUGCACCUGAGCCCCUCUCCCCCUCCUCCCCAUCCUCUCCAGUAGGAGGCCCGCCUCCGCUGCCAGAGGAAGAUUAUCCCACAGAUGUGCGGAUUGACAGCAAUGACUCUGUGUUCACAUUGAAUCCUCAGCAACCUCUCGCUCUGAUACCAAGAGCUCAUCUAGACCCGAGGCUGCAGGAGGGUUCGCAUUUGCCCCAAAGGCUGAUGGGAAAUGGAGUUUCUGAAGAGGUGAAAGCUCUGCAGGUCAAGAACUGGAGACACAGUGUGGCCGAAGACACAUUUACUCCAAGCCACAGGAGGAACAUAUCUGAUUUCACUGAAGUGUCCAACAGAAGACAAUCCCCUGACAGUCCACAGCUUGCUGACAGAAACAAACUGAAGAGGAAUCUGUCCGAUCGGAGCACAAGCUCCCAACAGCUGAGCUACCAUCUGCUGGAGAAAGCAGGAAUCAUCAACAAGACCAAAGUAACCGACAAUGGGAAAAAGAUCAGAAAGAACUGGAGUCAGUCCUGGACGGUCCUCCAUGGUGGAAUCCUCACCUUCCACAAAGACCCCAAGUCUGCUCCAACAGGGAACGCAAGUAAAUCAUCACAGAUUGUUCCAGAAUACACGGUCGAGCUGAGAGGAGCCUCAGUGGGCUGGGCCCCCAAGGACAAGUCAUCCAAGAAGAACGUUCUAGAACUGAGGACUCGGCAGGGCUGCGAGUAUCUGAUGCAGUAUGACACAGAAAGCAUCAUCACUGAUUGGCUCAAAGUGAUCCAGGAAACCAUCAAACAGCUGGAGCUGGUGUAUGUGUCCGAGGAUGAUGAUGAAGUAGACACUGCUUCGGACAAAGAGGACAAAGACAGGAAGAGGACAUCGACCGGUAAUUCAUCAGGAACUCCCGACUCUGAACAGAGACGAGUUCGGACCAAACUACGGCGCUUCCUCCAGCGCAGGCCCACGCUGCAGAGCGUCAAAGAGAGGGGCUACAUCAGAGAGAAUGUGUUCGGAUGUCACCUGGAUACCCUCUGUCACAGAGAAAGCACCACCAUUCCCAAGUUUGUGGAGAAGUGUAUCAGAGCGGUGGAGAGGAGAGGUCUGGAUGUGGACGGCAUCUACAGAGUGAGUGGGAACCUGGCUGUGAUCCAGAAACUACGACACAAAGCCGACCAUGAGGAGCAGUUGGACCUUGAUGAUGGACAGUGGGAGGAGAUCCACGUCAUCACUGGCGCUCUCAAACUUUUCCUGCGUGAGCUUCCAGAGCCGCUGUUUCCCUUCAGCUGCUUCGAGAAAUUCAUCGCUGCCAUCCAAGUCCCAGACUUCCCCCUGAGAGUCUCCUACAUGAAAGACCUAGUCCGCUCUCUGCCUCUUCCAAACCACGACACCAUGGAUCUGCUGUUCAGACACCUGCUCAAGGUGAUAGAGCACAAGGAGUCAAACAGGAUGUCAUUUCAGAGCGUCGCCAUUGUGUUUGGCCCCACGUUGCUCCGCCCCCAAACCGAGUCGGCCAAUAUGACGAUCAACAUGGUGUUCCAGAGCCAGAUAGUGGAGCUAAUGCUCAAAGAGUAUCAAACCAUCUUCUCAAAUAGGUAGGGGGAACCUCCUUGAGCUCCUCUGGAACUGUUUAGAACCCUCUGAGGAUCUCUGGGAUGCCCCAUGAGACCUGCCAAAGAUCUUCCAAAGUGUCAAAGAACCUUCAUCAACUUCGGAUUAAAGCUUCACCUCCUUUAAAGAUCACCAGGACCUGGACUUGUAAUCAGCUGGCUAAAGAUGCUCUUUUCUAACCACUGUGCCUUAAAUGACCCCGGAAGAACUAGGGGGGAACACCUGAAAGGACUGGAACCUGCAGGCUUUACCUGGCUCCUCUCACACCUCUGUGCAUGAUAUGUUGGAACCAUCUAGAAGCCUGGACUGGAUUUGAGAACUUAAGUCAUGGUCCAGAUCAAACAGCAACGUAAACACUUUUUGGCACCUUAAAAACACCAACAUAUUCUUGGAAGCAUGACCGGAUGAAUAAUUCAGGAUCCUCAAGAACCCUGUAGACCUCUGAAAAACAGCUUCAUCUAUUGUUUUUUUUUCAAGUUCAGUAGACGGUCACAUAAAUGAGGGAUCUGACACGAACGUUCUGGCUUCAGCAGACUGCAGAUUUAACUUCAGUGCCAUGAAUGGACCAAGUAGACCUUUCACAAAUCCCUCACUUGGUGAAAAAAGUGACCCAACAUUUUCCACAUCUGUAAAGAACCUUGUAAAUCUUAUGACCUCAAACAUCAUUUUGCCCUCUCUUUUAUAGAUUCCUGAAACCAAAUUUGUGUAAAGUCGGCAUCACAUCACAGGAAGCUCCAGGGCAACAAUUAAAAUUAAACUAUUGUCAUGGCAUGGUUGUACAGACCUGUGGAAGCACUUUUUUAACUUUGUCAUUUUUGUAGCGUGGGACCUUGAACCUGUCGAGCACAUUAGGUUCAUACCAAAAGACCAUAAGGCCUUCAAUAACACAGUUAGACCCUGAAAGGAACUAGCUAUAAACCUGGACUUGUUCCAAACUUUCAACAGCAGUGUCUUGUUUUCAAGGCCCAAACAAAAUGCACCAAAAUGCACCAAAUAAUAUCCCACAUCCAACACCACCAAGUGAUUUCAGAACAGUAUGAAUCUUGUAGAAACAAACCUCUUCCUUUUUAAAAAUCCUGCGGACAUUGUAGACUUUUCACAGGGGGGUUAGCUUAAGACUUAUUUCUCUGCACAACACCUUCUUGGCUUUAAAGGACCCGGGUUGAACUGGACUGGAGCCAUUUACAAUCCUGCAUGGUUCUAUUGUAAGUUAUUGCAUCUAGAAGCAUUAAAAAAAAACGUUAAAUAAUGCAACACACCAACGCUUCUUCCAACUUUACACCUCAGAAGCACAAAAUGUCCCAAGAACAUUUAAAGCUCUUCGCCCCCCAUGACCUGGGCUCAGUUGUCCAAGGAAAUCUGGAUAGGUAGGUAGUCCAGUUUACUUUCUCAUGUUUGUCAAAGAAAAACUCAAUAGGAUCACCUUAGUUUAGAUGCAGACUUUUAAGGGUGAACAAAUCAUGAUUUCAAGAGCCCUAAAUGAGACCUCAUACAACAUUCUCUGUGUAGAUUUUGCUACCUCUAGAGGAUGAAUGGUUUCAGCAAUUCUAUUUUCCUCUGUAAACAACCGGUCUCCUAGAUGUGAUCUGAUCUGAUAGCUUUAAUUUGAUCAGAUUACUUUCGAAGAACUGGGCCCAGGUUCCUUCUAGAGGUUCUUAACAUAUUUGCUCAUGAAGAUGUGGAAGUUUUUAGCUAUUUUGGCUUUCAAGAGACUAUCAAGAACAAAACAACAACCACAAUUCUGUGUUGCAUUCACGAGAGCUGGCUAACGCUUUUGCACAAAAAAAGGACUUGAUACCAAGUAUGAGUUAUUCUUAAGUUUUGAAUGGAAAACUUUAAUUGUAUUAAACACUGGAUCAACUUUCAACCUUAUUGACCUGAUGAUGUCAUCAGUCACAGACAGUAUGGAGCCAUUGGACCAAGUGUUUCUAUAGAAUCAUGGACAGAAAAUGACACCUGAGGAGGAGUUCGUCGUCAUGAAGAUGACGUGUUUUCAUCAGAUAUUUCUUGUUUUUGUGCUUCUCUGUGCAAAACACAACAUGGAUCUAUCCAUUAAAAACAAAAAUAAGAGGUUUUAUUGAAUGUUAAAGUGUUUUCUUAAAUAUAGAAUAUGAUUUAAAAUAAAGCUCAGAGAACCCAGGAUAUUUCCCUGAGGGACUCCACAGGUUUUAGAGGAUUUACAGAAAUGUUUGUUUUUUAAAGGGAUGAAUUUUAAAUUUUUACUUUUGUAUUUUAUGUCCUGCUGUAACAACAAAUUCUAGGAAUGACAAUUUGUACAAUGCUGUAUGUUUCAUAGUACUGAGGCUAUAUAUAUAUGAGAGGUAUAGAACAAAGAUAACAUGGACAUUUAACAGAUUAAACUCUGUACAUAGGAGGGUAUUUUACUGACCUUUAAUAAAAGUGACACUGAUCUGUA